AGAGGCCAGAAAGUUGUGUAAAAUGACGAUCUUAACCCAUCUCUGAAGUUCUUUUGAUUCAUUCAGGAGGGCAGAGUAGUCAUUUGGAACAGCCGUCCCAUUUGAUUCCCGCAAGCUUUCUUGAAACGGGUAUUUCAGUUAACAUCACCCCUCGAUCAUCAAAUAAAUUAACAUAUUACUGUCUUUGAUUCCUUCUAAAACCUCAAAACCCUGAUCUCAAUCUCAGGCAGGAUACCUCCAACCUCCUACCAUUCACCACGGCGGCACCAUGACCACCACCUCCGCCUCCGCCACCUCAUCCCAAAUCCUACACCACACCUCCACUUUCGUCUCCGAAACCCUCUCGCAGGCCGAAAUCCGCCGCCGCCUCUUCUCUGUUCUCCGCCGUAAACUUACCCUAUCCCCCUCCCACGACAGUACCACCCUAGUCAAAUCCCUAAACCUCGCCGCCGAAACUCUCGAUAACGCCGUCACCUCCACCAGCACCACCGUCCGAUCAUCAUGCCUCCGCCUCAUAGAAAACCUCCUCCUCUCCCACCCCGAAAACUCCGUCUCCUCCCUCCUCCUUUCCCUGACCUACGGUCUCUGGCGCCGACCAGUGGACGCCGCUCUCAGUCUCCUCGACGUUUUCCGGUUGGACCCUUCGUCGGCUCGGUCCGAAAUCGCUCCCACGCUUUUCGAGGAGCUCUUUCUAAUUCAUCUUCUCCCGGUUCUCCAUGAAUUGAAUGAGCGGAGAUCGAAGAUCUUGUCGAGUGCUACAUCUCCGCCGAAUAUUAUUAUUACUAAUACAUUUUACGACGAUGAUUACUCGAUUAACGACGAAAUGGCGGCCAUUCCGAGCACGAAAUCGCUGUCGAAGAUGAGCGACGAGCAGGCUUCGGAGCUGAAAAGGUUGGAAACGGAAUACGAAGAGGUUAUUGACGAUAAUUGCCGGGUUUUAGCCAAGUACUUGAAAGAGGUUUUGGAAAAUGAAGAUGAUAAUAUUAAUAGGUUGACUACUCACCCACCUUUGACUAUGAUGCAAAUCACAAGCGAAGCUCAUGAUCAUGAUGGAUUUAAUGAGGACCGUCCGAUGAGAGCUGGGGAACUCAGUAGGAUUUCCGUAAACGGACGGUAUAAUCCCAUAUGGACCGAAGGAGAGCGCUCUGCUGAACUAUUCAACAAAACUAGUAGCAGCAAAGCCAAGUCUUUACCAUUUUACCCUCAAAGGGUCUCCCCUCAAAUCUUUUCAGAUCAAAAGUCUUCUUGGAAAUUUUCAACAUCACCCAAAACAAACUCAUAUUCUGAACUCGAGUCUUCAUUGGAUGAUAAUCGGGCAGAAUCUUCUUCCGAGGAAUCCGAAGCUGAAACUGAGGAACGAAACAGAAACAUGGCAUUGUUUGAGUCCAGAGAGAGUCAAACCCAGAAACAAGAGCAACCCGUUUUAGCAGAGUCAAGUCGUUCUCCAGAUAAUCUUAUUGGAAAACAAACACCUCCAAAGGACUUUGUCUGUCCCAUAACUAGCAAUGUCUUCAAUGACCCGGUGACCCUUGAGACCGGUCAGACCUACGAACGGCGAGCCAUACAAGAAUGGCUCGAUAGAGGAAACGAUACUUGUCCAAUUACUCGCCAGGAGCUGCAAAACACACAGCUGCCCAAGACAAAUUAUGUCCUCAAAAGGCUCAUUGGGAGCUGGCAAGAACUCAAUCCUGGUUCAGUGGCAGUAAACCAGCCUGAAAAUUUAUGCACACAGUUUGACCCAGCUGUGAAUUCGAACUCAGAGAUGCCUUCAACUUCUCCCAACAGUGUCAUAAGCCAAGCCACCAUGGAAGGGACAUCAAGUGAGCUGAGGCAUGCGAUUUCCAAUCUCUGUACGUCUGAGAUUCUUAAGGAGUCUGAGGCUGCUGUGCUUCGAAUCGAGCGGUUCUGGCAGGAAGCGAACAUGGAACAGGAUAUUCAAAUUAUGUUAUCAAAGCCUCCAGUAGUAAAUGGUUUUGUUGAGAUACUUUUCAAUUCUGUUGAUUCUAAGGUACUAAGAGCUACAAUUUUUCUUCUGUCUGAGAUGGGAUCGAGAGACAAAGCUGUGAUCCAGACGCUUACACAGGUUGACUCCGAUGUCGAAUGCAUUGCGGCUCUUCUUAAAAAGGGGUUGACUGAAGCUGUUGUGUUAAUAUAUUUACUGAGAACAUCAAUCCUGAACUUGACAAAGUUGGACUUGCUGGACUCACUAUUGAUGGUCAUAAAGACAAAAGAUAGGGAUUUGAUUAAAAUGUGUGUGAAGCCAAAAACAGCUGCAGUGAUUUUGUUGGGGCAGAUUUUCGAGAGCUAUGAUGAGACCACUGUUGCUUCUAUUGUUAAUUCCAUGAUUUCUGAAAAGGAGAUUGAAAGUGUUGUUGAUAGUUUGGGGGCCGAAUCCUCAGAAGAGAGGGUUGCUACUGUUAGAAUUCUGGUUAAGUGUAUGCAGGUAGAUGGGAAGUGUCGGAACAAUAUUUCUAAUAAGGCUGAGUUGGCUCCUGUUUUGGAAAGCUUAAUGGGUCCAAAUGAUGGAGAACGGUUUGAAAUGGUCAACUUUUUAUCAGAAUUAGUAAAAUUAAACAGAAGAACAUUCAAUAACCAAAUCCUUCACAUUAUAAAAGAUGAAGGGCCUCUCAGUACAAUGCAUGCCCUUCUUGUUUAUCUGCAGACAGCUCCCGAAGACCAAUGUCCUACCGUAGCUGGUCUCCUUCUCCAGCUAGACCUUCUGACUGAGCCAAGAAAGAUGAGCAUUUACCGUGAAGAGGCAAUAGAUACUCUCAUAGCAUGCCUCAGAAAUACAGAUUUCCCGGGAGUCCAAUUAGCUGCUGCCGAAACAAUUAUGUCACUACAAGGGAGGUUCACCACUUCUGGGAAGUCUCUUACAAGGGCUACCCUUCUUAAACGUGCCGGCCUAGACAAAAGCUACAAUAAUCUUGUGAGGAUUGAUCAACUAAGCAGUUUCUCAGCAGACGCUGAAGAGAGCCUUCAGGAAGAAGAGAAGGCAGCUGAUAAUUGGGAAAGGAAAAUGGCUUCUGUUUUGGUGAGCCAUGAGUUUGGUCUACUCUUUGAGGCUUUGUCUGAAGGCUUAAGAAGCACAGAUGCAGAACUAUGUUCAACAUGCUUCAUAUCAGCUACAUGGCUUGUGGACAUGCUCAAAGUUCUCCCAGAUACAGGAGUACGAGGAGCAGCACGGGUCUGCUUGCUGAAGCGUUUCGCUUCUAUAUUCAAGUCCUCCAGAGAUACUGAAAAUAAAACCCUCUCUUUGCUUGCACUGACCAGCUUCAUCCAGGAACCUGAGGGGCUACAUGAGUUAAAUUCCUAUUUAAAGGACAUAUUUAAAGGUCUGAGAGAGCUAAAGAAGUCCACUCCCUUAGCACUUGAAAUGCUGAAAAUUGUCUUUGAAGGCCAAGACUCAAGUGCUGACUUGUGGAGUCAUAAACAAUUAGUUCAAGUAGAUUGCAGUGAGAAUGGAGAGGUUCUAUCUGUAGUUUCCUUCAAAGACAAAUUUUUUUCUGGCCAUUCAGAUGGCACAAUAAAGGUUUCUCAACAUGUGUGGACUGGUAAAGGUAGCAUUCUUCAUCUGAUUCAAGAAAUCCGAGAACAUACAAAGGCGAUUACUAGCCUAACGAUUUUGCCAGCAGCAGAGAGACUUUACAGUGGUUCACUUGAUAGGACUUCAAGGGUCUGGUCUAUUUCUGAUAAAGCAAUAAAUUGUAUACAAGUACACGAAAUGAAGGAUCAGGUUCACAAUUUAGUCGUUGCCAAUACAUUUUCUUGCUUCAUUCCACAUGGUUCUGGUGUCAAGGUUCAUUCCUGGAAUGGAUCGUCCAAAUUGUUGAAUGCAGGCAAACAUGUGAAGUGCUUGGCUUUAGUGCAGGGAAAAUUAUACUGUGGAUGCCAAGAUAGUAGCAUUCAAGAGAUUGAUUUGGCCACUGAAACAGUUGGCACCAUUCAAGGUGGUUCUAGGAAAUUGCUUGGCAAAGCAAGCCCUGUUCAUGCCUUGCAAAUAUAUGGUGAUCAUAUAUAUGCUGCAUCUACUUCCUUGGAUGGAACAGCUGUCAAGAUCUUAAGCACUUCAGACUACAGCAUGGUUGGAUCAUUGGCUACUGCAUUGGAAGUAAGAGUAAUGGCCAUAAGCUCAGAACUAAUCUAUUUAGGAUGCAAAAAAGGAAAUGUUGAAAUUUGGAAUAGAGAGAAGUGGAAUAGAAUAGACACACUACAAAGUGGUUCAAAUUGCAGAGUUCUUUGCAUGGCUCUUGAUUCUACUGAAGAGGUUUUGGUGUUUGGUACUUCCGACGGUCAAAUUCAGGCAUGGGGAUUAAGCUAGCUAAAAAAGGAGGAUGUUGCAAAAUUUGGAUAACAGUUUUAUUUUUUUCUUGUAGAGUUGAUGAAGAUAUGAUAUUCUUUUGAUUAUUUAUUCGUUUGAGAACAACUAGUGAAAAUGUAAAUAGCUUAAACAAAUUACAAAGUACCAAAGAAUAACGUACUUUAUGAAUGGUAUAUAUCAACAACAUAUAAGCCUAUAAAACACAUCACAGAUCAAUAUCAAACAAAGAAGAAGAGAAAUUGUCUUCUAAUAGAAAAUGUUUUCUUUCUUUC